GUUCCCAUCUCCCGGCGGCGGCGGCGGCGGUGGAAGAGGAGGAGAGGAGAGGAGCAGCGGGAGCCGGAGCGCGGGUCAGCCUGUGGGUACCGGGGGAGGGGAGGGGAGGGGGAGAUGCCGUCCCAGAUGGACAGUUACCAGGUCAUGUACACCAUCGGCUCGGGCUCUUACGGAAGGUGCCAGAAGAUCAGGAGGAAGUCGGAUGGAAAAGUUCUUGUCUGGAAGGAACUGGACUAUGGAACUAUGACUGAGACAGAGAAGCAAAUGCUUGUGUCGGAAGUAAACUUACUGCGUGAACUGAAACACCCGAACAUUGUUCGAUAUUAUGAUCGUAUUAUUGACAGAACAAAUACAACAUUGUACAUAGUAAUGGAGUUCUGUGAAGGAGGAGACCUGGCCAGUCUGAUUAUGAAGUGUAUCCGAGAAAGACGCUACGUAGAGGAGGAUUUUGCCCUUCGGGUUUUUGCUCAGAUAGUUCUGGCCUUGCAUGAGUGCCACAGACGCAGUGAGAGUGGUCGUACAGUGCUUCAUCGGGACCUCAAGCCUGCUAAUGUCUUUCUUGAUGCACAGCAUAAUGUCAAAUUAGGUGAUUUUGGCUUGGCUAGGAUUCUGCAACAUGACACUAGUUUUGCCAAGACAUUUGUUGGUACUCCGUAUUACAUGUCUCCGGAACAAAUGAAUCACAUGUCCUACAAUGAAAAAUCUGACAUAUGGUCCUUGGGAUGUUUGCUGUAUGAGCUUUGUGCACUUUCCCCACCUUUCACUGCAUAUAAUCAGAAGGAAUUAGCAGAGAAAAUAAGGGAUGGCAAGUUUAGACGAAUCCCUUUUCGCUUUUCAGAGGAACUGAAUGAAAUUGUGAGCAAGAUGUUGCACCUUAAGGAUUAUCUAAGGCCUUCUGUGAACGAACUGAUGCAGCACUCCCUGAUUGCUAACGUGGUGUCUGAGCAGCAACGAAUAAUUUCGCUUGAAAGACGAGGGCGAAGAUCAGUGGAAAAUGAGCGACUCCAGGAAAGUGACCCACAAGUGUCGGAGUUGAGACUUAAAGAGGAACAACUGCACAGAAGGGAGAAGGCAUUGAAAGAACGGGAAGAGCUGCUUGAAAAACGUGAGCGGGAACUUUGUAUUCGUGAGAGGCUGUCUGAAGAAAAACUUGCUAGGGCAGAGAACUUAAUGAAGAACUACAGUUUUCUGAAGGAACAGCAUAUUUUCAAGACUGCAGUCAAUGGAUUAGAUGAUUCCGUAAAUUGCUCACCGGGGAAAAAGAAAGUUCACUUUGCAGGAGAAAGUAAAGAAAACAUUCACUUCAAAGAAUAUGAUACAGCAAAGCCACUUCUUAAUAAAGCAAAGACUUUAGAUCUGAAGAAGCGUUUACAAGCUGCUAACGUACGUGCCAGAGCACUGUGUGAUAUGGAGAGAAAUUACCAACUAAAAAGCAGACAACUUUUGGGUAUGCGGUAAUUAAUCUAAUCAGUAAAAUACAUUUUUAUUAAAUUAAAUACACACACUGAAAAAGUUUUCUAGCUCUGGAUUAGAGCAUUAGUCUAAGAAAUCGUCUGUUUACAAAAGGUGGUGCAAUCCACGUCUUUCAUUUUUCCCAUUCCUUAAUACUUGGCUCAAGCCAAGUGACUAAACAGCCCAGCGCUCACAUACUUUGUCCUUUUAGAGCCAAGCUGUUGUAGAAUUCCUUGCAGAAAGUAAGAUUCACACAAGGCUUCUGCGGCCAUCAACUUUCUUUCACUUACUUUCUGAGUUUCAUCACUGAAUACCCUCUUGCUUAUUUUAGCCUUGAACUACACCUAUCGCUUCUAAGUUUGUCACUGAUUAUCAUCUGUUAGGCAUUUAAAAGACUAUCAUUGUCACAACAAUGCAAAUCACAUGCUGUCCAUCUAUACAUUUUAUCACUUCUGACAAAUGAAAUUGCUGCACCCUGGACCUUUUAAGAUUAUACUACUCAAAAGUGUGCAAGAAACAUCCAUCUUACCUACAAUGUAACUAGGUUAUCUGGUAAAGCUGAACUGAACACAUUGUAAACUGUCAAACAAUUUUAAUUAGAUUUUUAUUACAUUACUAUAACUUUCUUUGUUUUGUAAGUUUUAUGCCUUACAGUAUAUAUGUAGAUAAUGAGAUGUGGCAACUAUUGUGAAUGUUUUUUAUAAAAAAAUUCUGACU